AUGGAGCGGGAGGCUGCAUCAAGAGGGAGGGGUCUCUACCAUUACAGCCUGUCGGGAAGACCGCCACGCUCUGCCCUCCUAUCGAGGGCGGAAUAUCCCCUCUUUGAUGGUGAUGACACGUUCAGGCAAGUCCUGCAGAACAUACAACGUUCCGUUUCCCGAGACGCCUGCGGUCUCAAGCCGCAGCGUGGCCUCGCCGCCGACGACAUAGCUGAUGAGCCCUGGGCGUACGAGCGUAGCGGCACGGUAGAGGAGGGAAGGCUACACGGCUGA